AUGCCGCCCACAUCACAGCCAACAACGCAGCUCUUGGAGCAUCUAUCGACGGCGACUCCUCCCGCCGACUCGGCUGCCCUCAUUCUCGGUGAUGAUGACUUUUCAUAUAGCCCGGGUUCUCUUGAGUUCUUAGACCUGGACUUCUCGGGUAGUAACUCACCACUUUCUCCCGCGCUGAGCAACUCCCAGCAUCCGGAUCUUUCGGCCCCGACAUUCCUCGCGGAAAAAGUGCAGGCUCAUCCUCCAAAUCCACAAGAGCACGAUAAACUAGUCAACAUUAGAGAUCUUGAACUAAGCAGGCGCGAUGUGGUCAGAGGAGCACCUCAACACCACACAAGCAUCGUCAGACAACCCUCAGGCUUGAUUGAACCGAGCGGCACCAAGAUGCUUCAAAGACUUGCUCAACUAAAUGUAGACGCAAGCAAACAAAUAUCUAGCCUGGAGCUCCUCACAUGGGGUGGACCCGGGGUGCUCGACUACUGCAGUGAGGCGAUCAAGAAGCCGGAGUUUGAUCCGCUCGCACAGAUGAUGAACACCACGGCCGAGCUCGGCAAUAUCAUUGAGGAGUUUAUGCCGCUGCAUGCCAGCGUGCCAAAGGCAGCUGACAGUCUCACCAUGCCCAUUGCGCUUUUGUGCGUGUCGUGCUACCUGCAACUGCUGCACAUCUUUGACUGCACGUUUAGUCGUGUUUACGAGCUGUUGAGCAGCGUCCCAGAUAUCGACCAGUUCUUCGCGCUGGCACCAAAGUUCACUCUUCACCCGGGCUUGCCGCCCGUAAAGGGGCGGUUCUACCUCAAGAUCAUGGUCCAGACGAUCAAGCAUCAGCUGGGUAAUGUAGAGCAGCUCCUGCGUCUUCCUCCGAGUACGUCCGUCAUUGGGAGAUCUGUGCCUGAGUACGGCUUUUGCGUGUCGACAAUAUUCCAUAUCGCAAUGGAGCAAAGUCGCGACAUGUCCAAGAGAACGACUGAUUAUAUUUCGAGUUUUGCAGCAGAAUAA